GAAUGCACCUUGAGCCCUUUAGUCAUGCAUCGCCAGCCUGGGCCAAUGACCCCACCUCCCUCCUUCCUCCAAUGUCUCUGACCCAUUAAAAUUUGCUGGCUCGAGUCUACUAACUCCUAACUACAUAAGCCAUACGUAUCCCAUCCCCACCAUUAAAAUCACCAUCCCUUACUUUCCAUUCUUGGCCGUUAUUUCUAUCUACUUUCCUUCAAUCUCCUUUGUUCUUACCUUUCUAACAUCUUUUGAUGUUAUUUAUCAUGAAUCUUAGUAGCCCGAUUCUUGUUUUUUUCAUUACAAUCAUUGUCUUUUUAGUACUUAGAUUUUUGUCUAAAACAUCUUUUCUACAUAUUCUUGCUAGGUGUUGGAGAUCAUUUGAAGACAAGUUUUGUGUUUACCAAAUCUUCAAGGUUCCACAAUUCAAUGAUCUUUUUCAAGAAAACCAGUUGUAUCACAAGGUUUCCACUUAUUUAACCUCACUGCCUGCCAUUGAAGAUUCUGAUUUCACCAACCUGUUUUCGGGUUCGAAAGCGAAUGAUAUCAUCCUCCAUCUUGACAAGAAUCAAGUGAUUCAUGAUAGUUUUCUUGGGGCUAGAGUGCAGUGGAGCAAUGAGAAAUAUUGCGAGGGAAAUAAUGGCAAGAGAACAUUGGUGUUGAAGUUGAGAAAGAAGGAUAAGAGAACGAUUCUUCGUCCUUACUUGCAGCAUAUUCUUUCGGUUGCUGAUCAGAUUAAGCAGAAGAACGAAGAGAUCAAACUGUUUAUGAAUCUUGAGAAGAAGCCUUAUGAAAGUGGACGGUGGACAUCAGUUCCUUUCACACAUCCAGCUACCAUGGAUACAGUGGUUAUGGAUGGAGAAUUGAAGAGCAAGGUGAAAGCUGACCUUGAAUUGUUUUUGAAGUCUAAGCAGUAUUAUCACAGAUUAGGCCAUGUUUGGAAAAGGAGCUAUCUCCUUUAUGGCGCGUCCGGGACAGGCAAAUCCAGUUUCAUUGCAGCCAUGGCUAGAUUCCUCAGUUUUGAUGUCUAUGACAUUGACAUCUCCAAGGUUUCUGAUGAUUCUGAUCUGAAAAUGCUUCUGCUGCAAACCACGAGUCGGUCCAUGAUUGUAAUUGAGGAUCUUGAUAGGUUAUUGAUGGAGAAAUCGAAGGAUGUGAGCUUGUCUGGGGUCUUGAAUUUCAUGGAUGGAAUUGUUUCGUGUUGCGGCGAGGAGCGUGUGAUGGUGUUCACAAUGAACUCCAAGGAUCAAAUUGAUCAAUCAGUGCUAAGGCCUGGCAGGGUUGAUGUUCACAUCCAGUUCCCAUUAUGUGAUUUCUCAGCAUUUAAGAGUUUAGCCAAUAAUUACUUAGGCGUCAAGGAACACAAGCUUUUCUCUCUAGUUGAAGAAAUUUUACAAGGAGGAUCAAGUUUAACUCCAGCUGAGAUUGGUGAAAUUAUGAUCUCCAACCGAAAUUCGCCAAGCCGGGCCUUGAGACUGGUCAUUUCAGCUCUGCAGUUCCAAACCAGCAGUGGCGAUGCAAGAAGGGCCAGUAAGGUUGGACAAGGAAUGAGCGAGAGCGGAUCAGCUCGGUCCAGCAGAGACGAGACAGGUGAAACUGGAGGCGUGUUUUGCCAAGAGAGUGGUGCUCAUACAGUGAAGGAACUCAAGAAAUUGUAUGGAUUAUUAAGGAUGGGAAGCAGAAGAAAGGAAUCAGUGGAUUUGAGUUCUUCAACAGAGAAGCAAGGAUCACAUCAAGAAGCCUAAUCUAUGUUCAGUUCAGAGAUUUAGAUCAUAAAAUUCAAUUUUUUUUUUUUUUUUUUUUUUUGUUGCAAAGUAGAAAGAUACAUCUCUUAGUGAGAAAAAAAGGGUUUUUUUUUUCUUUCUUCAAUGGCAGUGAAUAAUUGACUCUGCCCUAAAAGCUUAAAGAUGAUGAACAUUCCAAAUUAGUUAUUGUCAAUAUAGCAAUGCAGCAAAGACAUUUUGAGCAGUCAGAAAUAAUAAUGGAAUGAAAAGUCUUCUGUGACUUUAUUAUAAA